AACUAAACCCUAGCCCCUCCCCUCUUCUCCUCUUCACAACCUCCUCCCCCUCGCGCCACCGCCCAACCAUCUCCCCUCUCGCCGGAGUACUCGCCGCCGCCUUGCUCCAACCACCGAAGCUCCGAGGAUGAUCUCCGCGAUAUCGUGGGUGCCCAGGGGCGCCGCCAAGCUCGUCCCCGUCGAGGCGGAGCCGCCCACGCAGGAGGAGAUCGACGAGGCCAUCAAGGCCAUCGCCCAGCACACGGAAGGUGGGAGCGACGCCGACGAGGACGCCGACGACGGCGAGGAGAAUGGCAACAUGGAGGUCGAUGCCGCCGCCGAUGAGGAGGAGGAGGAGGUAGACGAGGUCGCGCAGGCAAAGGCCGCGGCCAAGGCGCUCGCUAAGGGCGCUGUCGAUGACGUCGCCGACGAGCUCAAGGAGCUCAACAUGGACAACUACGACGAGGAGGAGGAAGGUCUCGAGAUUUUCAGCUCCGGCCAAGGGGACUUGUACUAUGCUAGCAAUGACCUGGACCCCUAUCUCAAGAACAAUGAUGAGGAUGACGAUGAUGAAGAGAUUGAAGACAUGACUAUCAAACCUACUGAUUUGAUGGUAGUUUGUGCAUAUAAUGAGGAUGAUGUCAAUUCGCUGCAGGUAAAUUUACUUGAAGAAACAGAAGACGGCGAUCUAAAUAUGUUUGUGCACCAUGAGGUGCCUCUAGCUGAUUUUCCGUUGUGCACAGCAUGGAUGGAUUUUAACCUUAAGGGUGGCGACAAAGGGAAUUUCGUAGCUGUUGGCACCAUGGAUCCUGCAAUUGAAAUUUGGGACCUGGAUAUAGUCGAUGAAGUUCAACCUCACAUGGUGCUAGGAGGACAUUCAAAAAAGAAGAAAAAAGUAAAGGGCAAAAAGGCAAAAAAGUACAAGAAGGGAAGUCAUAGAAGUUCUGUGCUUGGUCUUGCAUGGAACAAGGAGGUGAGGAAUGUUCUAGCUAGUGCAAGUGCAGACAAAACUGUUAAGAUUUGGGAUGUAUCUGUUGGCAAAUGUGCAGUCACAUUGGAACAUCAUGAUGACAAGGUUCAAUCUGUUGCUUGGAGCCGACAAUCGCCUGAAGUUCUUCUAAGCGGAUCGUUCGAUAAAUCAGUUGCCAUGAAUGACAUGAAAGAUGGUGGACAGAGUUGUAAUAAAUGGUCUGUUGAAGCAGAUGUAGAAAGCUUAGCUUGGGAUCCGCAUAAUGAGCACUCCUUCAUGGUUAGUCUUGAAAAUGGGAUGGUUCAAGCAUUUGAUAAGCGGACAGCCUCAUCAAAUUCAAAUUCUGGUCGUCCCACGUUUACUCUGCACGCACACGAGAAGGCUGUAUCUUCCAUCUCCUUCAGUCCAUCUACCCCAAAUUUUCUUGCGACAGGCUCGACUGACAAAAUGGUGAAGCUAUGGGAUUUAUCAAACAACCAACCAUCGUGCAUCGCCUCUCUGAAUCCAAAACUCGGAGCUAUUUUCUCGGUAUCAUUUUCGAAUGACAGUCCCUUCUUGUUGGCCAGCGGAGGAUCAAAAGGCAAAUUAAAAGUCUGGAACACACUAACGGAACCGGCUGUAGCUAAUAAAUUCGGGAAAUAGAUCCGUAGGAAAUUCGACAAGCUUUCCGAGGACCGAUACAAGUGAUGCUGGAAACAUAAUAGCAGUCAACAUUGCUGGCUCAAGCGGUUUCUGGCUAUACAUUGCUACGCACAUGAGGAUAGAUUUCUAGUUGUGAUGUAAGCUUUUCGUUUUGUCCAUGUUAUCAAGUCCAAUUUUGUUGAACGAGUGGAAUGCAAACAAUCGAUUCAUGUACCUUUUGGCGCUUGUGCAACAGAAAGUGAUGAAAGGGUUUUGCAGUGGAUAUCUCUUAUCGGAAAUUUUACUGUGUUAAUUUUGUGCGAGAUAAUGCCAUGUUUACAACUA